ACUGAAAGCUAGAGUUUAUAUGAGGUCUGUAGUAGCAAAGGCCGUUAUCUCAUAAUGGCCAUCCUAAUGUUCUAAAUAACCUGUGUAAAUAUUCCGUAAACAUCUAAUCGCUACACAUUUCUUUAAAAGAGCGGAAUCCGCGUAAACUUAGUGCUAAACGUUGGACUACGCUGUUAUUUAACAUCUGCUCUCACCUUGGUAGUCCAUGGGCACAGAAAUGGCACAUCGGGCAUUAAAAUUACUGUCUGGCUUCCAGGCGUACACUGGUGCUGCGCAGACGCGCUGUUUGGCGUUUCUGAAGCAGACGAAUCCGCCAGACAUACAGACGCACACGGGUCAGAAGUACGACGAAAAUGAUUUCAGAAAUUGCAGGUUUGUGGAUAAAUCGAAGCUUGUGAACAAGCAUCAUGCUAUUAAAUUGAUUGCGGAAGUCCCGGCUGUCGGUAUCGAAGCUCGCUCGGUAUAUUGUAGUGGCGGUGACGCGGCCCUUGGUCACCCCAAGGUGUACAUCAACCUGGAUCCGCCUGGAGAGCACACUUGCCUUUACUGUGGAUUGCGGUAUUUUCAAAAGUCCCCCAAACACCACCAUUAAAUAUAGCGAAUGAGAAUCAAUUAAAUUUGCAUAAGAAUAUUUAAUAACCUGGAGAUACUAAAAACGUAUAGUCACAAAAGGCGAUCAAGAUAGCGUUUAAGCUUGAAUGAUAAUGAAACCUUAGAUACGUGAAAAUAAAAGCUGUUGAAAUUA